CAGACGACUUGUCGGUGUAAUAUUCAUUAACGAGUGCGUGUUUUCUGCUUGUUGUAUAAACAGUGUAGCCUUUGGUUCAUAAUAAUACGAAAAAUAAAGUUUUCGCUGUCAUUUGUAAGAAUCAUUUAACACAAUGGGUAUUCAGGGAUUAUGGACAUAUAUGAAUAAUGCAGAUAUUCAUUUGAUAAAUUAUCAUCUGCAUAACACUUAUCUGGUCAUCGAUGGUAAUAGUAUUUCCUCGCAAUUAUACUCUCGAGAAGCCAAAGGAAAUGAAUGUUUUGGAGGCGAUUAUGACAAAUUUGCCUAUUGUGUGUCGAAAUUUUUUCAAGAAUUACUGGAUUGCAAGAUCACACCUCUGAUUCUCAUAGAUGGAGGAUCGGAAGAUAAAAAAAUGAAAACUAUUGUUCGUCGAACUCAUGACAGAAUAUUAUCAGCUUACAAAAUGUCUCCAAGCCACAAAGUUCAGACUCCUGUGUUUCCUUUAUUGAUGAAAGAGGUAUUCAAAGAAGUUGCUGCUAAAAAAGGUAUCAAGUGCGUUCAGUGUUUAUUUGAGGCAGAUGAAGAUAUCGCUUCAGUGGCAAAAUUAUUAAAUUGUCCUAUAUUAAGUUUUGAUUCUGACUUUUACAUAUUUGAUGUUAUGUAUAUACCAUUUUGUACCUUAGACAGAGGAACAUGUAAAGCACCAAAUGGUGGACUCAUGAAGACUUGUAAAUUGUUCAAACCUGACAAUUUUAUUCAAAGAUUUCCAGGAAUGGAUAAAUCUGUUUUACCUUUAGCUGCAACGCUUUUAGGUAAUGAUUACAUAAAAAGAACUACUUUUAAAGACUUUUUCUUGACUUUAAAACUUGCAAAAGGAUCAAAAAGAAAAUAUAAUGUCCAGCAGCGCAGAAUUGAAGCAGUAUUCAAAUGGCUCCAGAACCAGACAUUAGAUAAUGCUGUAGCUAUCAUUUUAAGUAAAUUAGAUCCAAAAAGACGACCAAAAAUUGUGGAAAUAAUAGAAAUGAUAAUAAAUGGAUACCUAAUUGCCUCUCCAAGAAUGUUGUACUCUUUGGGAUUCUCACAAGAUUUUAUUCAAGAAGCAAUAAAUAAAGUAUCAAUGAAACCCUAUAAAUUUUCACAAGAUGUGUUUAAUCUAAAAAUUAUUCAAGUUUCAACAGAUGAUGAUGGAUCUGAUUUGAGUUUUGAUGAAGAUGAUCAAGAGAGUACUCCUAAUGAUGACUUAGAUGUGGUCCCAUCUAUAAAUGAAAAUGAAUUACGAAAAAGAGCUCCUUCCUGGUUUAUACAGGAAUUUCAAGCAUCAGAAUUUCCAUCUUACUUUAUAGAUAUAGUCAUGAGACAUUUAUAUGUUUGUCCUGUACAAAUAGAAGACUUUAGUCAAGCUACUUGCAUUCAUAUUAGUUUAAAAAUUAUUCAAGUAAUAUUUAAAUUAUUAGCAUCUGGUAAUCCUGAUGCAAAUGGGUGGCAAUAUAUCACUCGAUCAGGAUUCACAAAAAUUAACACUUUUCAGCUAAUGUGUAAUGAUGAAAUCUUUGGCUGCAAUCUUCCAAAACUUGAACAACUACGUAAUCUUCCUCUUACAACAAGAAAAGAAAUCAUAGACAAUAUUCUUGGAGUUAAUGAUGAAUUAUUAAAAGAAUUCCCACCAAAUUGGAGAUUGUACAUAGCUACAAUUAAGUUUUGGUCCAAAGAAGCUAAUGCACAAUUUGCAACCAAGCAUCAUAUGCAUACUCUUUUAUUUACCAUGUUAUUUCAUAUAGUUGAUAACAAAAUUGGAUUCAUUAGAUCUAAAAAUUACUUAGACAAAAAGUAUGGCAGUCGCUUAAUAAAUUUAAAAUCUAAUCAAAAAGGACAAAAUCUUUCACUUUUGAAACUAGACAUAAAUAUGCCUGUUCAGAUAGCACAAGGUCUAAUAGAUUUUGAUGACUGUUUAUGUGCAUUUUCGUUUUUCUUAUCUAAUUUCAGUAUUGAUAAUGCUGUUCUUAUAAAUCCUAAAAAAUUUCAUAUAUCCGUUGUUCAUGCAUUUUCAUUAUUUCAAAACUGUUUGAGGCAUACUAUUCAUUUGAAUGCUUUGCUUGGAUAUCCAUAUCAAUCUCCAAAAGUAUCUGAACUUUUAAAUGGAACUUUGUUGUACAAUGUUUACAAAAAUUUUAAAACUAGAACUAGUGUUGAAGAUUAUAUCAAAAGUUUACUCCAACAUUCAACUAGUUUAUUACAAUUAUAUGUUUCAAUUACACAAGUUAUGGAAAAGAUGUGUCCAGAAGUAUUUCAUUCAACAGUUAGCACAGUUGUUAAAAAAAAGAAAAAAAAUAAACGUCAUACACAUGAUUCUAAUUAUGAAGAAGAGGAACAAAAUGUUGAAAUGGACUUUGAAAAUGAUGAACCAUACUAUGAUGCUAAUAAUCCCUACUCAAUGCUAGGGCAAAGUUAAUAUUGUUAUAUUUUAAUAUUUUAUUUUUUACUUU